AUGGCUCUCGAGGACAUGGCACCGACUCUUGAGGAAUUGGCUCUCACCACAGACAUCGAUGGAUACAGCUGCAUGCCGGGAGUCGAGACGAACCUGGGUGAGCUGUUGACCACCGCGGCCCUGGAAAAGCCUGAUGGCGUGUGCUUGGAGACGCAGGACGGCUGCUACACCUUCAUGCAGGUGGCCCAGAUGGCGGACGCAGUCCGGAAAGUCCUGCGAAAAGCGUUGCUCACCUUGGAUCUUCCGACGGAGUCAGACCCGGAGGCACCUCAUGCACACAAGCGGCGAGCCGACGAGCACAUAGCAGCUUGGCAAUCUAAUCCCGGCACCACAGUCUUUGGCGAUUUUUGA